AACCCUGCUCGUUGGGCCAUUGACAGGCGAGGGUUCUGACGUCCCCGCCUGUCCGAGGCGCUGAUUGGGCAAGCCGGCCUGCGGGGCGGGGCUGGGCGUGAGUGCGGCCGGCAGGCUGCCUGGGCCUGCCGAGACAGGGAAGGAGCGGAGAGGCCAAUCCAAGAUGGCGGCGUCUGAGGUGGCCUGGCCGGGCCUGGGGACAACAGGCUGAAGCCGAGCCCAGCCAGAGCAUGUCGGGGCCAGACGAGCGGGAGGCCGGCGGCGGCGGGAUGGCGGCUGCCGCCCUCGUGGCCGCGGGCGCCGGGGGGCCGCUGGCGCUGGGGGAGGCGGCGGGGCCUGGCCCGGGGGGCGCGGAGGAGCCGGGGCCGCCGCUCGGGGGCGGGGGGGCGGGAGCGGGGGGCGGCGGCGGCGGCGCCCGGCAGGGGCAGCCCGAACCCGGCGGCGACCGGGACUCCGACGCGCCGCCCAAGAAGCGACUCAAGCUGCCCGGCGGGGCUGAGGGAGGCGGCGGCGUCAAGCUGGAGGAGCGGCUGUACUCGGUGCUCUGCUGCACUGUGUGCCUCGACCUGCCCAAGGCCUCCGUCUACCAGUGUACAAAUGGCCACUUAAUGUGUGCUGGGUGUUUCAUCCACUUGCUGGCAGAUGCCCGGCUGAAAGAGGAACAGGCUACCUGCCCCAACUGUCGCUGUGAAAUCAGCAAGAGCCUCUGCUGCCGAAACCUUGCCGUAGAAAAAGCGGUGAGCGAGCUGCCAUCAGAGUGUGGCUUCUGCGUGCGGCAGUUUCCUCGCUCUCUUCUGGAGAGACACCAGAAAGAAGAAUGCCAGGACAGAGUCACUCGGUGCAAGUACAAGCGGAUUGGGUGCCCAUGGCAAGGUCCUUUCCAUGAGCUGACUGUACACGAGGCGGAGUGCACACACCCAACCAAGACCGGGAACGAACUGAUGGAGAUUCUGGAUGAAAUGGACCAAACUCAUAAAAAGGAGAUGCAGCUGUACAACAGCAUCUUUGGCCUACUCAGCUUUGAGAAGAUUGGCUAUACAGAGGUUCAGUUCCGUCCCUACCGAACAGAUGACUUCAUCACACGCCUCUACUAUGAAACUCCGCGGUUCACAGUGCUGAACCAGACCUGGGUAUUGAAGGCUCGAGUUAAUGACUCGGAGCGCAACCCCAACUUGUCAUGCAAGCGGACUCUCUCCUUCCAGCUCAUUCUCAAGAGCAAGAUCAACUCCCCCAUGGAGUGCUCCUUUCUGCUGCUCAAAGGACCUUAUGACGAUGUGAAAAUUAACCCUGUGAUCUAUCACUUUGUCUUUACCAACGAGAACAAUGAAACAGACUAUGUGCCGCUCCCCAUCAUAGACUCUGUGGAAUGUAACAAAUUGCUGGCAGCGAAGAACAUCAACCUGCGCCUCUUUAUAUUCCAGAUACAGAAGUAAGCAUAAAGAGAGCUUGGCUUUUCCAGGAGCGACUGAGAGAAAAUGAGAGGGGGGGGGGAGAGAGCGAGAGCGCACCACUGAACCAGAGUUACCUCGAAUGGCUGCCUCGGCCCCUUUAUGAUUCCACAGUUAUUUGAUUAUUUUAAAGAGAACGUUUUGCAUGUGUGGCAUACAACAGCUUUGAGCGGUCGCUGCUUUCCUUGUCUCCAUCUCUGCCAGGAACAGGCGACUGGGGAGUCAGCUUGAUGCAGGGUGCUGAGGAGGCUUGACAGUGUCAGGCAACCACCAGUCAAUACAUUGUGAAAAGGCUGCAUCUGUGUCCUGAUUGUGUGUGAUCUCCACAAUGAAGUGUCAAGGUGGUUGGGAUGGUGGUGGUAAGGUCCUUCAUUGGGUCCUUCUGCUCUGGUGAGAGACAUUCUGUCUUGUUAGUAACAAGCAUUGUGUAGAAUCUGGAAGUGGUGGGUUUUGUCAUUUUUGUGGAAUAAAACAAAUGGGAGAUUCUCAAAUAGACAUGUCAUCUUCACGGACCUCAAACAAGGGGAUUUUGUCGAGCUGCUUCUAGCUGGGCUGAAAUGCCACAUUCCAACAAAUUCUGCAGAGAGGGGAGAUGAUGGUGUACUGGGCGCUUUUAUGGCAUGGGUGAGUAGCAGGCACCACAAUCUUCCAUUUGUGUUUCAGCAGUCCAAAUUAUUCCCUCUCCCAGCAUUUCACUGUGGCUGAGCAGGUGAAGAAGCAUUUGAAAUGAAGCCAGGAAGGCUAAUGAUGAUAAAUAGAUCAUAAAAAGUUGCUGGUUCUUCCUUUCUAGCAGGAAAUCAAAUCCUCAACGUGGUUUCAAUUGCACUUCACACAGAGAGAAUCCAGAUGUCGCUUUCCAUUGUUCCCACGUUGCCCUGUUCAAUUCCCCCACCACCAUGCCCCAACGAGCAGGCUUGAGAUCUGACAGACUAGAACCUACAUAGAACUGACCCAAAUCAGUGUAGACUUCUCGGAAUGCAGGGUGAUUUAUUCUGUCCGUUUUGGGAACUUUCCCAAUACUUUGAAAAUCUUUUUCUUCUUCUUGUGCAAAUGAGUUAACAGGCUCUUCUAGUAAUUAUGCAAUUUUAAAAUUGAUUUUAUGUAUGUAAUAUAUAUAUAUAUAAAUAUAUAUAUAUGGAUGAGGAUAGUGUGGCCAUUCACCAAAUUUCAACGAGAUCUACAGGGAUAUUUUGCUUGAUGUUCUUAAACAUAUUUUAAGCUGCAGUGGGGGGAAUUGGUGAUGGAUGAAGACUGUAUUAUGAGGAACUCAUGUUAUGUUGCGCAUUCAGUAUGAUUUUCUUCCCUCUCCUUUUGACUCAUCCCCAUACCAUUUUUUUUAAGGAAGUUACAUUUGGUGGCAAUUUACACUUUAUAUGGACGAAUUGGAUCAGGUAUGUGUUUUUGAAACGUGAGAAUUUGUUGCAGGUGCUGUCCUCUUUGGGACUCUUCGCUAUUAAAGGGGUAACACAACAGUUUCUGCCCCUACCUUUCAUGUCCCCCUUUCUCCCUUCAGCCUCCUGGUCAUAACGGUAGUGGUCAAAACACAUUUUUAGGAAUGUGAGGAGUUAGUCUGUGAUGACCCUGGGAGCAGGCAGGUCUGUUGUUUGACCCAAUAAGCCAUGCACAGGCCAGCCCACUUGUGUGUAUUGUGCCACACCAGGUGUCAGAACACUGAUGUCCCUGGCAGGACAGCAAAAGCUUCUGGUGGGCUGUCAUACAUGAAUAACUGGGCUAUGUUCAUUUUAGCCAGCCGCAUGCUUUGGAGGCCCCAAGCAGGAGAAUGUCUUUGUAUGUGUUUAGAAAAAGCAAAGUGUGCCCAGUGUUAACUAGAAUUGUGGGUUGGCAAAGAGCUGGGAUCUUCCAGCAGAUGGCAUGUCAAUGGUUUUGCAAAGGACUUGUCCUCUAUGGUAUCAGUCCUCUCAGAUUCAGUGCUUGGCCUUGGAAAUUUGAGUUGAACUGCUGCUCUAAGCAGUGUGGGUGGGACACAUGGAAUAUCCCACCUUGUGUAGUAGUAAGAUAAACAGCUGUGAGCUUCAGGAGAAGAACUUGUCAGCCAUGCAUACCAUUUUUUUUUAGUUGUGAUGAUGAUGAAUAAUAGACAAGGCAGGAUUUAUUUUUUCCUGGGCCAGGGUUGUCAAAGCCAGAAAUAUGCCCCUCUUGCCCCAAGAUGUUUAAUUGCAGUGAUUCUGAACCAAGAACUAGCUCUCGAGAUCUCCACAGAGUAGGUUGCAUGCUAAAGCCCUUCCAUCUGAUGUCUUGUAAUGGGCACUUUUGAGAACUGGCGGCCUGCAAGAUCAGCCUUUAAAAUGGUCUGUGAAGGGCAGUCAGGAUGCCUCUUGCCCAAAAGCCUGUGUGCACAUGAAGCCAUCUUCCUCGUCUUUGGGAAUGCAGAGCAGCACGGAGCAUCUUCUCAAGUAUUUGGAACCAAGAUGACACUGUUGCCAACAUCCCUGGCUCAAGCACAGAACGUGCAUUGAAGAUGCUUGCAGCUUCUCCUGAUGAGGAUGGCACACGGUGAGGUUGAUUCCAAGGCUGCUGCCUCUAAAUAAUAGCCAGUAUUAGUAUAUCACUUAAUCCUUAAACUGGAGCAGGUUUGGACAUGAGAUGGUCCUUCACUGUCCCACUUGCAUACUGUGCUCCAGAAAUAACUGCACACACACACUCAAAUUCCUUGUCAAAGGAGCCCUCGUAUAUACUAAUGCAGAGGUUAGAAAUCUACUUGUCAUGGUUCCAGGGACUGGCUUCAGCAUUUAACUUUAUCAGUAAAGGUGAUAUAGUGGAUAACUUCAGAAAAAGGAAAGGUGCCGGUAGAUCGGCUUUGUCCUGCACCCAAUCGUGGGACGGCCGUAGGAAAGCUCUAACCUUGGAAAGGCAACAGUUCCUUACAGGUUAGCAAUGGAGUCGAGUGUUCUUGAUGCCUGUAAGGAGAGCUGUUUUCAGAGGUCCCCAAACCUUGAAGUUGGGCGCCCUGUUGGGUGCAAAGAGCAUCUUCAGGAGUACCUCUUAACAGUUCUGAUACUCUCAGAAUGUUGGAAGAGCUACUGCCAUAGGGAUAAGGCAUGCUUAGCAGGACUUCAGACACCUCAUAAGAAGACUGAAAUAAUCUUGGGGAUGGGAGGAAAAGGGAAGAAAAGAUGACACCCCUUGUUUCAUAGGCAGAACAUCUUUCCCAAGGAACUGGAAUGCUUGAAGGAAACACCAAUGCAAAGUGGAAAGGGGGGCUUGCUUGGCAUGCCAGACUGGGUGUUUCCUUGGGCUUCGAAACACGACAAGGAGCAGUUCCUCACUCUCCCUUUGGAACCUACUGAAGAACAUCUGUCAGUAUUUUUAGCAUGCACUCUUAAGCUGAAGGGUUGGGCAGUCAUCCCAUAAUACUCCAGCAUAUGUGGAGCUUUUCUGCUGGGUCAUCUGUAUGUCAGCUGCUGCUUUUUUUAAAACAAAAAUGAGCCUGUUGCUCUGGCACCUACUCAAGCCUUCCCACUUCUUCGGAGGCCUCCCACUUCUUCGGAGCGAGCUAAAAUAGGCUCCCUCUUGGAGAUGGGGCAAAGCACAAAGAAUGUGGCUGAAUCUUGCAAGCCAACUGCUCUUUGGCUCCAGAAGCAGGAUUUGGCUAGCUUUAUAUGGCUAGCAGGAGACAUUGUUGGCUGCUGGUGGCUGGAGCUGAGGACUGGAGGAAUGUGUUAUUUGGUAACUGUACGCGAUGUGCAGUUGAGUUGAACUGUGAACACAUCGCAACAAGUUGUGACCUGCAAGUUGUACCUGUUGUGUCCUUUCCAGAUUUGGGGUAUCUUGGGUGUAGGUCUGCACAUCCAGAUAUUUCAGAUGUAUAUGUGGCUUUAACAUGUUUCGCCUCUGGCUUCUAAUAACAAGCCUGCUGCCACUGCAUUCUUCCUCAGCAGAUGUUGUGGCUAAUCAUCUCCGUGUAGCCACUAUCGUGUGAAGGGCUAGCUUACAAGUCAUCCACUGGGUGUGGUUCAUAGGUUGACUUCCUUUCCCUUUAUCUUAUGUAAAUAAAGAAGGUGCAUCAGCCCUUGUGGUCCCUGUUAGGGUGAGAGGCAGGACUGAUUCUAUUGUCAGGCUUGUGGGAUGUAUGUGUUGUAACAGUAGUGGCUGAUGGGGUGGAGUGGAUUGUUCUUGUCUCUUGAAGAGCUGCUGUGUAGGCAUAAUCUCCUUAUGGCAACCCCUGAAAGCGAAGUGCUAGAUGGAAUUGGCCACAGACCUCUUCCUCACGGCCCUGCCGAAUGCCUGCAGUGGAGAGAGCAGCUGUGGCCACCCUGAGCUGUUCGGUCUACACAGGCGCUUUGGAGGUGGAAGCUGAGCAGAUGUUGCCAGAACUUGACAAGAGCAACGUGCUCACAUUUGCUGCCUUCGGUUGGGAACCACGUGUGUGAGAGGGGGCUUUCCUUGGGCACACCCCCCAGCUGGGCUCGCCACCGCCAGCAUUUUUGCUUUCCUGCUUUCAUUUUCAUUCUUCCUUCUUCACCACCCCCUUCUCAUAGGUUGCCCUGUCCUCACCGUGGGACUCUGUCCGACUUCUACUUGGUAGCUGAGCCUUACCUGUCUAGUUCUGCGCUAGACGCCUAAAGAUUGUAGCAUGCUUCUCUGUGCCAGGACCUGAUGACUGGCAGACCACGAACCUCCUUGCAGUAUUCACUGUGGGUAAUUUAUUUAACUAGGAAUGUAGAAUUAAAAUAAUUUAAAGAAAA